AGAAGGAAGUUGGGGACUCGAGCCAAGAGAGUUCGGCGCCCGCGGCUCAGCUGUCUCAAUCAGAAAGGACAGUGGACCCAGGGGAGACAAUGGUGCUGCUCUGGUUGCUGAUGUUGACGACGCUCCCGCGCCCCGCCACCAGCUGCUCCUUGGACGACGAGGCCCAACGCUGCUCCUGCAACUUCUCGGGCCCGGACCCGGCUUGGAACCAGGCCAUCGUGUGCCUGUCGGCUUUAGAGGUGGAGCUCCGCGCUGGCGGCCGCGACCUGGGCCCCUUCCUGGAGAAAGGCCUCCGGGACCCGGAGCCGCUGGCCGAAACCAUGAGGGCCCUGCGGAUCCGCCGCCUGACCCUGGGCGAGGUCACCGUCCCCGGCGCGCUGCUGGGCGCGCUGCUGCACGUGCUGGGCUACACGCGGCUCAAGGAGCUGGAGCUGGAGGAGGUGGCGGUGACCGGCCCGCUGCCGCCGCCGGCCCCCGGGGUGGACGGGCCGCGCCUCACCGCCCUGCGCCUGAGAAACGUGAGCUGGGAGGCCGCGGGGCCAGGCCGAGGGCGCGGGGGGGACGGGCCGGCGGGGCUGUGGCCGUGGCUGGACACGGGCCUGCGGGAGCUGAAAGUGACCGGCUCGGGCCUGGAGCGCCUGCCCUGCCCCGCGGCCGGCGCCUUCCCCGCCCUGCGCUCCCUGGACCUGUCGCACAACCCGGCGCUGGGGGCGGCCGGGGCGGCCGCGGCGCUGUGCCCCGGGGCCUUCCCGGGGCUGCGGGUCCUGGGGCUCCGGGACACCGGCCUCUCCACCCUGGGCCCGCUCUGCACGGCGCUGGACGGGGCCCGGGGGGCCUUGGAGAGCCUAGACCUCAGCCACAACGCGCUAGCCAGUACGGGGGCCUGCGCCUGGCCGCCUUCGCUGCGCAUCCUCAACCUGGCCCACAACCGGCUGACGAAGGAGCCGGACCUGCGGGCGCUGCCGGCCCUGGAGAAGGUGGAGCUGGAGGGGAACCCGUUCUCCAGCACCAUGGAGAAGCUGAAGGACGAGCCCAUCGCGGACGCCCCCGAGUCUCCCUUGGCAUCCCACCUGCUGGGCAUGCUGGCCUGCGCCGCAGCCUGGACGCUGCUCGCUGUGGCCGGGAAUUAGCCUGAGGAGGCGGGAAGGGGCGACCCUGCCAACUUGUACUUCCCAAGCCCUUAGUACAGUGCUCUGCACACAGUAAGCGCUCAAUAAAUACGAUUGAUGAUGAUGAUGACCCACUGAUUCCACCUUCUCCCUCUCCCCUAGACCAGCUGUCAGGCCCCGAAACUCUCCGCCCUCCCAUCCCUCCGGGCUCCUUCCCGUUGCGGGGGCCUGCUGCCCGUCAUCUUCCUCCUGCCGCCUCUUCUCCUUCUCCCCCCACCCCAUUUAAUAAAGUCAAGCCUAGAA